AUGGCGCGACUGACACAUGAGCCCAUAACGCCGCGGCGGAGCGUGUCCAACCCAAACUCGCUGACGGACCUCAACCGACUAUUGGCCCGUCUACAACAGAGCAUUCUGCACGCCGACGCCGAGCGCGAGCGCAGACUGCGGUCGAGCCAGUACGAACGCAAUAGGGUCGGGACACUGGCUAACACGGGGCUUGUGCCCAUCGCGCAACAGAACCUCGAAUACGCCCGAACCCUCCUCACGAAGCUGGAACAGGAUGCCCUGGGCGUCAAGGUGCACGCGCGGCGGAAGGACAUGCAGGCGGACCUGGACCGCAAGCGCGACGUCUUCGAGCGCGUGAGUGAGCGGCUGCGCGAGCUCGAGGACGCCGCCAUCGAUAGCGACGACGACAGCUCCGACGGCGAGGACCUGCUGGGCGCUGUCGCCACGCCGAGCCAGAGCCAGAGCUCCGACUCGAAUCACCAGCGGGAUGACUUUGGGAGUAUAGCGGAAGAGGAGGGGGAAGAGGAGGAGGAUGCAGAUCAGACGGUCUUGCCCGAGCCGAGAAGGCAGAGCACUACUGCGCCUACGUAUAACAGUAGCGAGGCCCCUCGCGCUUCGGGUACGGAUUUGGAUAGAUAUACGACUACUACAACAUCACAAACCCUGCGCACUCGAAAUACGUCCACCAGCUCCCAACCCAUCGCCGACACUGCCUCCAGCAGCGCGCUGCGCAACGAACUCUUCGCCGGCGCCCGUCCCAAAGCCACCACCACCACCGCAUCUACAACCGACCUCGCCACCACCACCACAACCACGGCCGAGGCGGUCCUGGACCUCCAGCGCGCGGAGCAGGACCGGCUGACGGAGUCGAUGGUGGGCAUGGCGCGCGCGCUCAAGGAGUCUACGCACCGGUUCUCGUCGGCGCUGGCCGAGGACGACGAGGUGCUGGCGGCGGCGGGACAGGGCCUCGACGCCAGCGAGAGGGGUAUGGUCACCGUGUCGGGCCGCCUGGGCUCCCUGCGCCGCCUGACCGAGGGCGAGGGCUGGUGGGGCCGCAUGCUGCUGUACUUGUGGAUCGCGGGGCUGGCGGUCGUGGCGCUGGUGCUGGUUUUUGUUUUGCCGAAGUUGAGGUUCUGA